GGCGAGGCGGGAGGAUUUACUAUUGCAAGGAGGAAGAGGAGCAGCUGCGAGAGCGCAGCCCAUCUUUUCCCCGAGCUGGCGCGCUCCUUGCACGGAAGGAAGGAGGUGGAUAUUCUGAAGACCAAAUAAUGCAUAUGUCAGCAAAUAAAAAGACGUGGGGAAAUUGAAAGAAUUUGAACAAUGCAAAUUUAUGCCAUGGAGCUUGCUUGAAGAGGAACGAGUCUCAUUUGAAAGUGUCUUCUGAUGGAGGAAUAGAGACCUGGUUCCCUAUUUAAGAAUGUGUGGCAGAAUUUCAUCAAAGCCUUGUGAAGCUAUUGGUCUCGCACAGAGAAUUUCUAACUGACCAAAUUUAUUUCUAGAAAAUACAACAUUUUGGUUACACACACAGAUUUCUAUCACAGAAGAUCCAUGAUCUAGGAUAUAUACGUGGAUGUCUGUGUUACAUUCCCAGAAGUAAAACUGGAAUGAGGAUUUAGAAACACGGUGAGGUCAGUUGUCAACAUAUUGCAGCAAAACCCAUCACUAAAUUGAGUCAUUAUAUUCCAUUUAUUAAAAUUACAUCUCUGUGUCUUCUGAUCCUUGUAUGAAUUAAUGAAUCAGUGCUUUUAAGUUUGCAAAUUUCUGCAGGAGAGUUAUAUUUGAAUCUACCCCAUGCACUUGCCUCUUGUACCUCUGAAUGUCUGAAAUUGGUCUCCUUUGCAACUAUGAGCUUCAAACAAAGAACCUCUUCACAGAUUUCCAUUUGUACCAAUGAUGAGCUGUCUUAUUUUAAACCAUACUGGUGAGCGGAAGGUUCAGCAUCUUUACUGCAGUUUUAUUACAUAGACACAGAGGGAGCUGACCUUGCCAUGGCAGAGAAGUGUGAUUACAUCGCAAACAUGUAUGGUUAUGACUUGGGUUGCCGUUUCAUCAACUUCCGACCUCUGGGCUUUGGCGCGAACGGGCUUGUCCUGUCGGCAGUCGAUAGCAAAAGUUGCCGCAAGGUGGCUGUGAAGAAGAUCGCCAUCAGUGAUGCACAGAGCAUGAAACACGCCUUCCGGGAGAUCAAGAUAAUCCGCCGGCUGGACCAUGACAACAUUGUGAAGGUCUACGAGGUGCUAGGGCCAAAAGGAGCAGACCUUCAAGGGGAUUUGUUCAAAUUUAACAUGGUGUACGUAAUCCAGGAGUAUAUGGAAACUGACCUGGCCCGCCUGUUGGAGCAGGGACCACUCUCUGAGGAACACGCCAAACUUUUCAUGUAUCAGUUGCUUAGAGGCUUGAAGUACAUCCAUUCAGCCAAUGUGUUACAUAGGGACUUGAAGCCUGCCAACAUCUUCAUUAAUACGGAGGACCUGGUAUUGAAAAUUGGCGAUUUUGGUUUAGCAAGGGUUGUGGAUCAACAUUAUUCACACAAGGGUUACCUGUCAGAAGGCUUGGUAACAAAAUGGUAUCGGUCACCUCGUUUACUCCUUUCACCCAACAACUAUACCAAAGCAAUUGAUAUGUGGGCAGCUGGUUGCAUUUUAGCAGAAAUGCUGACAGGAAAGAUGCUCUUUGCUGGAAGCCAUGAGUUGGAACAGAUGCAGCUCAUUUUGGAGACCAUCCCUGUUUUCCGGGAAGAGGAUAAAGAGGAACUUCUCAAAGUAAUGCCAACGCUUGUCAGCAGCACCUGGACGGUGAAGAAACCGUUACGGAAGCUUCUUCCCGAAGUGGAUAGUCAAGCUAUCGAUUUUCUGGAGAAGAUACUGACAUUCAAUCCCAUGGACCGGCUGACUGCAGAGAUAGGCCUGCAGCAUCCUUAUAUGAGCCCAUAUUAUUGUCCCGAGGAUGAACCUGUUUCUCAGCAUCCUUUCCGAAUUGAGGACGAGAUAGAUGACAUUUUACUGAUGGAAGCCAGUCAAAGCCAGAUGUUCAACUGGGACAGGUAUCAAGUGAGCUUCUCCUCUGACUUGGAGUGGCGCCAUGAGAAGGGCCAGGAUUUGGACGAUGUGCAGCGGGAUCCCCGAGCAGGAUCGGAAUCCAUUGCCGAGGAUGUCCAAGUGGAUCCACGCAAAUACUCCCAGAGUAGCUCGGAGAGAUUCCUGGAGCAGUCUCAUUCUUCCAUGGACCGAGCCUUCGAAGGGGAUUAUGGGCGGUCGUGUGAUUAUAAAGUGGGGUCACCUUCUUAUUUAGACAAGUUGCUGUGGAGGGACAGUAAACUGCACCAUUAUUCAGAGCCCAAGCUCAUCUUAGACUUAUCCCACUGGAAAAGGGCAUCGAUCGCACCCGCAGCGGAAUUAGCUUUGGAAGAAGAACCGUCUAACCUUUUCUUAGAGAUAGCUCAGUGGGUGACCAGCACCCAGACGGGGCUGGAAUGCCCCAACCCUCUUCCAGAGGUUCAGGAGCGAAAUUUGCCAUCCUCUCCUCACCGUCUCCACAAAGAACCCAAGGAGGUCGACAGCAAAAGCGACCCCCAGUUUGACUUAGAUGUCUUCAUUUCCCGGGCAUUAAAACUAUGCACGAAGCCGGAGGAUCUGCCUGACAACAAGCUCAAAGACAUUAACGGCGCGUGCCUAGUAGCGGAACAUCCAAAUGAGAUUGUACAGACAGAAGUAUAUCAUAAGGAAAGAUGGUAAAGAAAAGGGUGAAAAAAAAAUGACAGGCUUCUUCAAAAUUCUUCUGAUUUUACACAUUGGUUACUUAGUGCUGAAGAAGCAAACCGAGGUUUUAUCACACACGAAACUGGUCAGCUCUUUGUCCGAUGCUAUGGAAAUGCCUUCACGUUAAGGGCAAGCACAAACCAAGAUCCCCCCGCGGAUGCCUUGGAAGUAAAUUUAAAAUGAAUUUACAGAGAUGUGAAUGAAAUGGCGGGGGAUUCUUAUGCUGCCUUAACAGUUUUGCCUUUUACCUCUGGGGGAGGUUUUGUACAUCAGCCUCCAGUGCAGAGAAGUCAUAGUUGAAAUGGUUGGUUUUCCCUUGCAGAGUCGGAUCGGUUCUGUUUUGAGAGCCACAAGGCUUAAAACGGCUUUUCUUUAGAUGCCCCAGUUUCUCAGUGACACCACGACCCACAUUUGGUAUGGCACUUUCUCUGAGAGGUGAAAAUAUUUCCCAGCUGUUUUCUCUGGCAUUUUGGCUAACACAUUGCAAAUUGAUAGUUUUGAAAAGUUGCUUUAUGAGACUCCAACGUCACAACGUGAUGACUGAGUUGAAAGAUUAAAUGGAAACUUUUGAUUUGUAGGUCAUGAUGCAACCAUCUCUCUGGUUUUUAGGAGGGGACCCAUAGCUCUAAAUUAAGGACACACACACACACCUGCAAAAACCUGUUCCAAGACUGCCCUGGUGGAUACAGAACACUAUUUUAAUAGCAAACACAGUACGGUGGUACCUCGACUUACGAACUUAAUCCAUAUUGGAAUGGCAUUCAUACGUCGAAAAGUUAGUAAAGUCAAGGCAAGUUUUCCCACAGGAAUGCAUUGAAAACCAUUUAAUCCAUUCAGGCUGUUUUUCAUUCGUAUGU